AAAAAUAGAAUGCUUCAAAUAAAUAGCUUAAAAGAUCGUUUAAAAUGUAAGAUAGAAUUUAGUGAAGAGGAGGAGAAAGGAGAGAUAAUAAGUAUGAGUAGUGUUGAUGAUGCUUUAAGAUUUGAAGAUAGGUAUGAAUAAAAAGAAUUAUUGGGUAUUUUGUAUAUAAAUUUAAAGGAUAAGGAGCACAUGCGGUAGUAAAAUUGGCUAAAAAAAAGGAAACAAAUGAUUUGUUUGCUGUAAAAAUAAUGAGAAUGAAUAAUGAAGAGGUUUACAAUAAUGUAAAAAGAACAUUUAAAAAUUCUCGUUGUUUAAGACAUUAGAAUAUAAUAUAAGAAUACGAACUCUAUAUAAAUGAAAAAUAUUAUACAGCAAGUUUGGUUAUGGAAUAUUGUCCAUAUCCAUCAUUAGAAUAAAUCUUAAAGGAUAGAGGGACAUUAAAGGAAGAUGAGGUUAGAAUUAUAAUAAAAUAAUUACUUCUAGCAGUAGAACAUAUACAUAGUAAAGGGAUAAGUCAUAGAGAUAUAAAACCAGAUAAUAUAUUAGUAAAUGUAGAAGGGAAUUGUGAAUUAAAAUUACUUGAUUUUGGAGUGUCUAGAAGAUUUCUAUAUAAAAAUGAGCAUCAAGAAAUGUUAACGAAAACAGGAAAUUUAUAUUAUUGUGCACCUGAAAUAUAUCAUCAAAGUCAUUAUUCAAAAGAGAUAGAUUUAUGGAGUAUUGGUGUGAUAAUGUUUUAAUGUUUAACAGGAGAAUUACCUUUAUAAAAUGAAAAUGCCAGUGAUCAUAUAUAAUUAUUAAAUAAACCUGAAUUAUGGAAUUUUAAAAAUAGAAUUAAAGGAGAGUCAUUAAGUGCGUAAAAUUUAAUAUCUCGAUUUCUAUAAUAAGAUCCAAGAAAAAGGAUUGGAUCAUCAGAUGCUUUAAAUCAUCCAUUUAUAGAAAAAAAUAAGAUAUACAUUACAUUAGCUAUGUUAUCAUCUACAAAAAUGAUUGAUCCUGAAGAUGAUGAAAUAUUUUUAAAUAGAUGUUAGUCACUUUAAACUAGUUUAUCAGUAAAUCAAAAAUAGACGAUUCAUCGAGCAUUAAAAACACUUCAUUUAGGUUAAGAAUAUUAAUAAAUUGUACUUGAAGAUUUAAUGUAAGAACUUGGUAAUGUUCAUAUUAUUUAAAGAAGAAAUAGUGAUAAAUGUUCAGGAUUCAUUUAAUUAGUUAAUUCAUUAGGAAAUAGUUAAGGUGUUACUAUUAGUAAAGUUGUUGAUGUAAGCACCACCAAUUAAUGCAAUCUUGGUAUUGGUUCUGCUUAAAGUAUUGGUAUUAUUAUUUAAAUUCAUAUAUUUCAUAGUAUCUUCUGAUCAUUAAACAUAAGAUUAUUUUGGAGAACUUGGUAAUAUUCAAUCAAGUGUUAAUUUAGAAAAUAAUGCUUAAGAUAUUCUAAUUUAAACAGAUAUUAAAAAAAAUAAUAUUGGCUCAAUUAUUAAUCAAAUUGGAGCUAAAAUUGAAUGUAGUAUUGAUAUCAAUGUAAAUCUAACUGAAAGUUAAUAAGAUACUGGAUUCAAUAAUAAAUUUAAUUAAAUCAUAUCUGCUCUUGAUGUCUUAGGCAUUAAAGAAUGUGAUGAGACAAUCGAAGAUUAAUCAUGA